AUGAGACGGCGGUGGCAGGAGGCUCGCGUGGUGGUCUCGAGUGGUGGGCUCGCCGGAAGUCGCGGAGAGAAGAAGAAACAGCGACGAUGGCAGCGCAACAGCGGCAGUGGCAGCGGCAGCACGAGAGGCGAUGGCAGUGGCAGCACGAAUUUGCAGAGAGAAAUGGCAGCUGCAUGCGAGGAAGAAGGGAUAAAGCAAGGUGAAGAGGGUCAAAAAAUGAAUGAUCUUUUCCAAAUAGGAAAAAAAAGAAAAAGAAAUGAGAGAAGCUAUGCUGAAAUAACUUUCUCAGUCAUGAAUGUCAUGACUGAGUUUGAAGUUGCUGUUGAGGAGGAUGUUGAUCUUUACCGACAGGGAAAACUUGUCAUUAAUAAACUUAAGAAGUUGCCACUUUUGAUCGAGGUCCUCUCAAAGAAUCAUCUUCAACAAGAGUUUUUAGAUCAAGGAUCGUUGACUGUAUUAAAGAAAUGGCUUGAGCCACAUCCUCAUGGAAGCUUGCCAAAUCUAACCAUACGCACAGAAAUUUUGAAGAUUUUGAAUAAUAUAGAUUUAGAGCACCAUGAUAGAAAGGAACAACUGAAGAAUAGUGGCAUUGGAAAUGUAAUCAUGCUUCUAUCAAAAUCUGAUGAAGAAAUUAAUAUAAAUAGGAAACUGGUCGAGGAAUUGGUUAACAAAUGGCUUCGAUCCUUAUACAAUAAUAAAGAUACAAUUUCAUUUAGAAGAUCAGAGCUUACAAAACAAGUGAAGAGCGCUCUCCCAAAUCACCAACAUAUUAAUAAAAAAUUGCAAAAGUUGAAGACAUCAGGCAGAAGCAGCUUCAAGCAGCAAAACCGAUUUUGA